UGAGAAAGUUUGUGGGGAAAGUUGAGCUGAGCUGAGCAGAGAGGGUGGUGGCUGAGACAGGCGGAGGGCCCGACCUGAUUUCCCUGCUGCUCCCUUUGUGGCCUGCUCCACCCUCCGAAUCCCCUCCACUGCAUUCAUGGUCUUGGGAAGUAGGAUGGGGUUUGUGUCCAGGGAACUGGCUUCAUCUCCCUCUUCUACCCCAGCGCCUGUCACACUGAGGUUUAAACAUGCUGUGGCUUGUGCUCACUGAAGAGUCACUCCUACGCUGACAGAGGCAAAAAUCUGCUAACUCAGGGGCAGACUCAACCAGGGCUUCGAAGAGGCCUGGGGAAUGACCCCCCGAUCUCCAAACACGCCUUCCACGGCUGCACGGCUGUGUCAAGCUGUCUCUGCCUCUGUUCUUGGCCCUGGCUCUCUCUCUGUCUAGCGUCCCCUUCCCUGCGCCACAUGGGCCCUCUGUCUCCUGCCAGGACCAAGCGGCUGUGGGGGCCUCGGAGCCUGGGGGUGGCUCUGGGAGUCUUCAUGACCAUCGGAUUUGGCCUGCAGCUCUGGGGGGGGCCCUUCCAGAGGAGGCUCCAGGGGCUGCAGCUCCGACAACCCUGGUUUCCAUCCCUGGGACCGGCUGCUUCGCCUUGCCUGCCCCGGCAGCGACUCGUGUUCCUGAAGACGCAUAAAUCCGGGAGCAGCUCUGUGCUGAACCUGCUUCAUCGCUACGGGGACCGGCACGGGCUGCGCUUUGCUCUCCCUACCCGCUACCAGUUCGGCUACCCAAGGCUUUUCCAGGCCUCUCGAGUUAAAGGCUACCGUCCCCAGGGUGGGGGCACCCAGCCCCCCUUCCACAUCCUCUGUCACCAUAUGAGAUUCAACCUGAAAGAGGUACUUCAGGUCAUGCCUUCUGACAGCUUCUUCUUUUCUAUUGUCCGAGACCCAGCAGCUCUGGCCCGCUCUGCCUUCUCCUACUAUAAAUCCACCUCGUCAGCCUUCCGCAAGGCACCAUCCUUGGCUGCCUUCCUGGCCAGUCCUCGGGCCUUCUACCGACCGGGGGCCCGUGGAGACCACUAUGCCCGAAACUUACUGUGGUUUGACUUUGGCCUACCCUUCCCUCCAGAGAUGAGGACUAACAGAGGGAAUCCUCGUCUCCCCAAAGACCCCAGCCUGCUCCAGCGGCAUGUCUUAGCUUCUGGUGCUGGCCCUCGAGCCCAAAUCCGGGAUCCCAAGGCUCUCUUCCAGCCUGUUUCCACAGUUGCUGACGGCCACAGCCAGCCAGCCAGUCCUGCCUCUUUAGAUUUGGGGUCCUCUCCCUUCAUCCAGUGGGCUCUGGCCUGGCUGGACUCCGUCUUUGACCUGGUCAUGGUGGCUGAGUACUUUGAUGAGUCAUUGGUUCUGCUGGCAGAUGCCCUGUGCUGGGGCGUGGAUGACGUGGUGGGCUUCAUGCACAAUGCCCAGGCUGGAAGGGAGCAGGGCCUCAACGCUGCCAGCAACGGUAAACUGAGUGCCGAAGAUCCGCAGCUGACCGCACGGGCCCGAGCCUGGAACAACCUGGACUGGGCUCUCUACGAGCACUUCAACCGCAGUCUGUGGGCACGGAUAGAGCAAUACGGCCAGAGACGGCUGGAGCGUGCUGUGGCAGAGCUCCGGGCUCGCAGAGAGGCUUUGGCUAAUCAUUGCCUAGUAGGGGGUGAGGCUCUGGACCCCAAAUACAUCACCAACCGGAAGCUCCGCCCCUUCCAGUUUGGGUCAGCCAAGGUUUUGGGUUAUGUACUUCAGAGUGGACUGAGCCCCCAGGACCAGGAAGAGUGUGAACGCCUGGCUACCCCUGAGCUACAGUACAAGGACAAGCUGGAUGCCAAGCAGUUUCCCCCUACAGUCUCUCUGUCCCUUAAGACUUCAAGGCUGCCCUCCCCAUAGGCGUCAGACUACAGAUUGGGACACAAGUGAGGGGCUGCCUGAAGCGAUCUCCGCUUCCCUCCCAAGGGAUGGAAGUUUACCCUGACUCAAGCCCCAAGUCUUCUGGCCUUUGCCUGGGAAUUUCGACAGGUCUCCCUUCACUACACACGUUGCCCCUUUCUUCCCCUUUCUUGUCCCAAGGCAGGUCUGUGUGUGGCCCUCUCUAAACCCCGCUGGAGGGGCAAAAGAUGGAGUAAGCCGAAAAGUUUGGGGCAUGGUGAGCUGCAAUGAUACGCACAUUUUCUAUGAAAUAUUUGUUAUUGGGAUAUGAACGUUUCACUGUGAAGCGUUUGUUGAAUGAAUAAAUGAUAUGAAAUCGUCA